CGGACGGACGCGUGACGGUGUGGACUCAUUGAUAAAAAUCCGCGCCGCUGGGAUUAAAAUGAGCCCUCCUGCUGCGCUGCUCUCCUCCUCCUCCUCCUCUUUCUGCUCUUCCUCCUCCACAUAGCGCUGCUUUCUCUGCUCAAGAUCUGUUUUUAUGAGACUCCAGCAAGCGACGCAGGAUGACUACUACCUUAUCGCUGGUGAUUUCGUGCGCUCUGGUGGCGUUAGUGUUGGCAUCUAAGACAGAGCGGGCGGUGCCACUUUCCUGUGACAGCGGCCAAUACACUGACAGCGGGGAAUGCUGCCAGCAGUGUCCACCUGGAGAGGGAGUGGUGCAGGAAUGUGGCGCUACACAAACGGUGUGCGCCCAGUGUUUGGACAGUGAAACUUUCUCAGAGAGCUACAGUCACACAGAGCAGUGCAGACCCUGCACCCAGUGCACCGGUCUGAUGCGGAUGGAGACGCCCUGCACCGACUCCAAUGACGCCAUCUGCAGCUGUGACUACAACUACUUCUUCAGCUCCAUAUCGGGAAAGUGUGAACCGUGUACGGUGUGCCCGGCAGGUCAGGGUGUGUUUGCCCACUGUGAACAUAACCAUGACACGGUGUGUGAGGAAUGUGUGGACGAUACCUACUCAGACCGGGAAAGCUACCUCGACCCCUGCCUGCCCUGCACCAUUUGUGACGAGGAGACAGAGAUACAGCGGGCUGAAUGCACACCAAUCAGUGAUUCUAUUUGUCACAAUCCUCUACUCCCUACAUAUGUCAGUCCAACUGACAUGGAUACGUCUCCGCCCUCCUUCACCAAUUACUUCCUCCCCGGCUCUGAUGGUCCGGUACCAGGAAUAGAGACAACCACCUCCAGCUCUCGCUCGCCUCUCGUCUUUGGCCAUGGGCUCAAUGAAAACCUCAUCCCCAUCUACUGCUCCAUCCUGGCUGCUGUGGUGGUGGGCCUCGUUGCCUACCUGGUUUUUAAGAGGUGGAACAGCUGCAAGCAGAACAAGCAGGCAGCAAACAACCGUGCGGCAACCAACAACCAGAUGGUGACGCCGGAGGGAGAGAAACUACACAGCGACAGCGGCAUCUCGGUCGACAGUCAGAGUCUGCAGGAGCAGCAACAGCAACAACAGCAGCAACAGCAGCAGGCUCAGGCUGAAGUCCAGGCUCAACCUGCACACUCUCACACACAGGAACAGAUAGUGGUGAGGGUAGAUGGUGGCCCCCAGCCGGACACACCUCCCCCUGAAGUCUGAGGAGGAAGAUGAAAAUAUGGCGGAGCUGAAUACAGGGAGAGGAGAGUUGGGACUUGACAGUGGACCAAAAAUGAAAGCAGAGGCCACAUGAGAAUGUAAAAACUGACUCUCGUUCAUAUCUAAAGUGGCCUCAGAGCAAAGACUUCAACUUUAGAGCCUCCCAGCACCUUUGGGCCACAGUCUGACUCUUCAUCCCUGCACACAGAGUCCAACUCUACCCAUUAGUGUGCCUGGACAUUAACUGUACGGCAAUAUCAACCACUAUCUGUACCAAUGUCACUGCACAUACAUAACCAUACAAAACGCAAGUGCAUCUCCUAUUAAACGACUAUUCCAAUAUCUAAUAUUCUCACUAACUGCCAACUUAGCAUCCCAAACCUUUCUUAAACAUCGUGUUCCCUCUUAUUUCACAAUCACUAGCCUUGAAACGUAUGUGCCUGAAAUGGAAAUAGGCAGACAGGUCUUCUAUCAUCUUUUCUCCGUGCAUCAAAAAGACCUCCCCCUCUUCUUUCUACCUGGCGUCCCACUUAGAUAACCCUCCUUCUCCCUCCAUAGGAUCUCCUCCAUUAGACCCCUGCUGUAGUCUGCAAUGCACAAAACAGCGGGGGAGCCGUGAGUCACUCCUAACUUCUUCUGAAGUUUCUUGUUUCUUUUUAUCAUUUAACCAUGGAAGCAUUUCAUGGCAUGUUGUCUUGUAGGGUGUUUGCGUCAUUGUUUGAGAUUGGCAGCUCCGACUGAUGCAAGUGACUCAUAUCUGGAAAGAAAGGUCAAUUGCUGCGUAGCCCUCUUGGUAAUCAACUAUGUUUUUACUUUCUCCUGCAGCUCUAUAUUCCUUGGCUGACAUAGACCUCUUCACAGCAGCUCUAGGGAUUGAAUUUCAGUAAUUUCAUGCCUAUAAUGUAACACGUCUCUCGUUGGAGGUGCAUUACUUUCAUUUUGUGGCUUCAGUUACACGGCUGAUUCAGCAGGGUGCUUCCUAGGCUCUCUGUGGAGCUGGGAUGUGCAACACGAGAGACGCAUCUCCUGUGCUGUGGAGCUCUGCUGAGUCACUGUGAUGAGUUGGGCGGCACGCUGUGACGUCAUUGGUGGCCCGGUAUACAGAGCUGCUCAAUAAUCAGGGGCUUUAAUGAUUUUGAGGCAGUGGAGGAGUUCCAUCUGCCAUUGCUUACACUUACUGAGAGGGAAAUUGGGACACCCCUCAGAGGCAAACUCUUCUCUAUCCUCAUCUCGCUGACAGCGCUGUCCUCUACAUACUCACUCCUACAGUCUUGCACACAGUUCUGAUAGAGCCUGAUAAAUAGUUGUGAGGUGCUAACGCACCAGCGUUGCUGCACCCGUCAACACAGGACCCAUUAGAGAGACGUCCUGAGAGGCAGGUAGUAAUUACCUCAGGGUUUCAGCUCCUUUACCUUCUGUUCUUCCCAGCUUAGAUGCCACUCACUGGCAGUAAUGCUGUGGUCAAGUGAAGGCUGACAUGGCCCCCUUUGAAGCUUCAACAUGACAUUACAGAUCCCUUCUCCAAGCCUCAGGCAGUGACAUUUAAUAAACCGCCAUAGUGAUGUUAAAGCACUUAGAAGAAUGGUAGGGCGGCACUUUGUAUCACACAGGACCACUUUUAACCCCCCCCCCCCCGCUACUUGCAGUAUCUGUAAAAGCAGUAGAUAUCUUGUAGAGAAAUAUACUGGAGUUGAGCUUGACUGCACUGCUUUAGCAUCCAUUCCUACAGAGGCAUGUACUUUCUCAGGGUCCCAUUUGUUGUGGUAUGACUAGAGGAUUUCUAUAAACUUACUGUAGACUUGAAAUAAAGUAGGCAGGUACAGAGAAAAACAGCUGUUUUGAAAGGAAAAAAAAGGUACGAGUUUAAAUCUAUGUUUGCAUAUUUUGGCAUGAUUUAGGCAUUGAUGGAUUAAAAAUGUAAAAAUUGCUUGAUAAUUUGCUUGCCAGAACUUAAAUGAGAGGAAGCGGCAAACUCCAGGCUGAAGGCCUCUCAAAACUGCAGUCCCUCUUGUGGCCACUUGGGGCGUGCUCUAAAAGUGAGUCACUCCCCAUUAUCUCCCAUGUUAUAACGUCCAACUUCACAGCAGGAUUGAACAUGUUUACAAAAACUAAAUUCUGCGGAAAACACAAGUUUACCAGGUCAUUUGCUGGCUAAUGUGUUAGUGUAGGCUUGCAAGCUUGUCAGCCUCUUGCUUCAGCGUGUCCACUGCAGGCUAAGACAACCAGCAAAGCUAUAUCCCAAUACUGAACUCAAAGUUUUUGAUGGAGCAAUGGGUGAUGCAUACGAAAGAGAUUGAUACUAAUCUCAUGCCUGUGCAGGCUUGAUUGCAGCUGGUUAGCCUAGCUUAGCAUAAGGACCAGGAACAGGGGGAAAAGCAAGACUUGAUUUGCGUUAGUUAUGCAAAAGGCUAGGUAGGUAAUACACAACAUCUUUUUUUGACUAAAACAUUUCAAGUAGUGUGAUUAUAUCUGUGCAUCUCAUGCUAACAAAGCUAACCCUUUUGUAACUUCACUGAUAGCUUAUGAAGGAGAGGUAAGAUGUAUUAACUGAUCAGCAGAGCAAAUAGAGCUGGGUGAGUCAUUGCAUCCUGAGUGGUCCUGCACUGAUGGGUCACAUCGUCGCCAACAUCUUAAGACAAUUCUACUUUCUGGUCUCUUCACUUUGUGAUUCAUCCUCUUUAGCUGUGGCACUAUGAAAGGAAACAAAUAAAAAGCUGCUGUAUUUCGCUCACAGCUCCUCAGUUGGUGUGGGCAUGUGGUGUGGACAUGUGACCACACACACAAAUACACAGUGAAAGUGUAUGAUUCACUCCUCUAUUGAGAGAGCCGGUAUGAUUCAUCCUGAUCCUAGCUGUGACUCUGACAUUAAAGCAGAUGCGGCUACAGUAGGAGUGACCAGAGUGUUGAUUCAGAGUGAGAAAAACUUCCUCAAAUCCAUUUCCCCCUGAGGUCCAAUCAGCCCUCCAGUAGCGUACUCAUUCACUCUCAUCCGGCUUAUUUUCUUUCCACCGCAGCUUGUGAAGCAAGACACAAUGUUAGAAUGUACAACCUGAGAACUAAACAGAUUAUGCAAGACACAUUCAAGGUUAGGAUUUGAAUUACCCUCAUGUUGUUGUUAGUCAGUUUGUCUUUACAUUUGCUUGUUGGUUUAUAUUUUGGAUAGUAUUACACUUUUGGAAGCAGUAUUUUUUCUAACCAAUAUGUUAUUUUGUAGCACUUAUUAGAUGUAUUAUGAAUGCACUCAAAGAGUGUACCACAGCUCAAGUGCCUGUGUACAGUGUCAGGUGUCUUUAAGUUUGAACGUUUAACGAUAUUUUUUUGCGGAUUUUCCACUUGUUUUAUGAUUUUAUGUGUUUUUCUUUGAUUUUUUUAAAGAGCUAAUGAAAGUUUUUAGUGAACAGCAACAGGAGACUCAAACAAACUGUAAAAACUUGGCACCAUAUUAGAAGACUUACGGUACAAAGAGGUUGCCAAUAAGUACAUACUGUAUGCUAACAUGCUAUAAAUACCGGCAACUGAUAGGGUCAUGUAGCAUAAUGAUUAACAUACAUGUCAGCUACUCUAAAACUCACAUAUGCUAUUAGUCAAUAGAAAUCAGCUCUGCUGAGUUUUUGCAUGUAUAGUAGGUCUCAUCGUGUGCCUCCAUUUUAGAGGCGACAGGACGUGUAACAUGCCGUAACAUGAAAUCUAUAGGGAGGUUCACUGUGAUUUUCUGUCAUAUUAUUACAGACUUGGUUCAGAAAGAUCAGGACCUGCUCCCGAAGAAGCUGAAUGUCACCUGUACUUACCUACUAAUGUUAAAUGCAUUGUGUAAAUGUGAAUUUCUUAGAGUUGAUACAAGAAACAAAAAUACAUUAUAAAAUGUAUAAAAAAACAAAAAUGUGUGCAAAUG